AGUAUAUAAUAAAGUGGAUACAAUUGAAAUUCUGUUGCUUUUAAAUGAAAAUAAAUACAAUGUACCUGUUAUUUAAUUUCGCCAAUAAGACGAUUCUUUCCAUACAUUUUUACUUGAAUAAAGACACGUAUUUUAGAUAUUUCAGAAAUAUGAUACCAAUCACAUAUCCCAUACAGAGAAUGUCAUAGUGUUGGGAAUAUUCACAUAUAAUUUAUACACAUAAAAACAUGAAAUUAGAGAUAAAAAUUCAAACAUUUUAAAAGAGAACAAAACAUCACAGUUGUUUAAGCCAAUGAGCAUUAAGCUAUGUCGUCAGCAAGUCAUUUCCCAUCGUGCUUGCAGUUCGUGCAGCUCGAAAAAUGCAACAGCGCCGCCUGCCUGCUACAACUGCGACCGCCUCGCUCUCGUGGGACAUUUUUUGACAUAGGUCAUCAUGACAAAACAGCAAGUUAGCUCAAGACUGGAUGCCUACUGAAGCUAAGCAGGGCUGAGCCUGGUCAGUACCAGGAUGGGAGACCUCCUGGGAAAACUGAGGUUGCUGCUGGAAGAGGUAUUAGGGAGUCCAGCAGAGGGUGCUCACCCUGUGGACUAUGUAGGUCCUAAUGCCCCAGUAUAGUGAUGGGGACACUAUACUGUAAAAAAGGCACUGUCCUUCAGAUGAGAUGUUAAACUGAGGUCCUGACUCUCUGUGGUCAUUAAAAAUCCCAGGACACUUCUUGAAAAGAGUAGGGGUGUAACCUUGGUGUCCUGGCCAAAUUGGCCCUUAUCAAUAAUGGCUUCCUAAUAAUCCCCAUCCAUUAAUUGGCUGUAUCAUUUUACUCUCCCUCUCCACCAAUAGCUGGUGUGUGGUGAGCGUACUGGUGCACUUUGGCUGCUGUUGCAUCAUCCAGGUGGAUGCUGCACACUGGUGGUUGUGGAGGAGGGUCCCCUGUUCACAGUGUAAAGUGCUUUGAGUGUAGUGUCAGAAAAGCGCUAUAUAAAUGUAAAGUUCAUUCAUUUGAGUCGUACAGAUUUGUAACUUGUUCAUCUCAAACAAGCCUUAUAUUGGCAGGUAUUAAAGCUAUCAUGACAGAGGACACUACUUUCAUCUCACAGAGAUUGGCUGGUGCCUGGAAUUUUUCAUUACUCAUUUGCAUAAUUUGAAUUUGAACUUUUUGAUGCUCUCGACCACCCUCAACGCUUUCUCUGCACCAUUCUCAUUCCCACAAUGCACCUUGCGAGCGUAGCGCUCAACUUCCGUAGAAAUGAAUUGAAAAUGCUCGCUCACCUUCGCUCAAAACGCACCAGUGGACACGUACCGUUGUCAUGAUAAAUCGAGUCCCCAUGGGGGGUAAUCGUUUGUAAUGCCUGAGCAAAAACCUAUCAUAUUAUCGUGAUAGCAUGCCAUUGAAGUCAAGGCUAACUGAAAAACCAAAACAACGACACAUCUUUAAUUUCACAAUCUAUAACUUCAGUUAUAUAUUUAAAAGACAUUAAAUGUCGUAUUUACAUAUUUAAAACUGCAUCUACCAUGAAGUGAAUUUCUAAGAUUUUUAAUCAGGCACUGAAUAGAGUACCCACUACUAACUUUUUGAGCCAAUGGAAUCGCUGUGAUGUCAUAUGUGGACUCGGUUUACCGGGCGGACUCAAUUGAUCAUGACACCGUGGCUGCAUCCGAAACCAAAGGCAGCUGUCUUGUUGCCUCACUGCCCUAACAGUCAAUGACUCAACAGACAGCAUCGUGUAUGAAGUAGAGGUCUUCACGGGUCAAAAGGUUUGUGUCCAAACCCAAAGAGGCCCGGAAAUGUACUACCCGGACCUGAACCGGACCCGUCUAUUAUUUGAAAGCUUGGGCCCAUACCCAUGCAGAACCGAGAAAUGCCGGACCUGGACCUGAACUGGAACCCGUCUAUUAUUUGAAAACUGGGAUCAGGACCCGGCCAGGAGACACAGACCCCAUCAACAACGAUUUCACAGCUGAUUGCUAUUAACAAGUUAAUUUACAAGUUGUGAAAACAAAACUUUGUGUCUUACCUAAUGUAACGUUAGUAGCCUUAUCCCCUGUGCCUGGCCAUGACGCAUAUAAUCCAUCCUCCUUGCCAAGAAGGUUGGUAAAAUACAUCCAGGUUUUCUAUGAUUCCUCUCUUGCUGAUUGAAACAGCAUAGCUAAUCCACUCAUUAUUUCAGCUUCAAAAGUCCACUUUCUGUCACGGUGAUGGAUGACAAACGCGACUUAAGAAUCAGCUUUGCAGUUUUUUUGUAUCUCGCAUAAGAUAACUUCGACUGUUUGCCCUUUUGAACUAUAAUAACGAUUGCUCGUUCACUGCCAUGGCUGCUGACAUUAGCAUUGCUAAUUUGCUAUCGUGUGCCUUAACUCCGCUCUGCCUCUGAUGUCACUCAGCUCGUUGUGGCUCCGCUCCGUUUUUCACCUUGUUUCCCUGUCCACUUUCUCAUCCUAAUUUUACAAUGUUGCAAGUUACAACACACACACACACACACACAGCACCAUCAUCAUCAGCACUGUCUGAUCACGGACGGGUCUUCUCGGGUCGACUCGGGUAUAACACAUAAUGUUAAACAGACCCAGGACCCGCAGCAAUAGAAUGGGACCUGACCCAGCUGACCGUACAAAACGUGGAUCCGAACCCAUAUGGAUCCCAGGUUGGGUCUCGGGUCCUCGGGUUAGGGUAGACCCGUGAAGACCUCUAGUACGAAGGUACCUCCAGAAACUGGUUUUGGACAGGCUACUGAAGCAGUAUAAUGUCACAUCGUUGCUAGGAUCACAGAAACUGAUUAUCGCCAUCUGGUGUCCACUAAAGGUAACGGGUCUACUUCAUUGUGGUUCGGUUGGACUGAAUGGUCUAAUAAUCUAGAACAAAAUCAGGAGAGUUUUGGCGAUAACCAAGUGUAUAUUAAAUAACUACAAUACUACUUUUUCGCUAGAAAUGGAAUCAAAAGUUGCAAAAAAGUCAAUGAAAACGUACAUUAAUACACAAACUGGCAAUCAACUGCCUGUGGAUCAACGCGCACAGGAUUGUGGGAUUUCAUAGGCAACGUAGGAUGCAUCUAUGCUGCCUUCAAAAAUCGAUCAGUAGACAGGAUGUGACAUGAACAUUGGAUUCAGACGUGCCUUGGUCCCUUCCUACCUCCGCAUACAGCAUUUUCCUGGUUUCAGACGCAGCCUGUGACGCCCACCGCGUCCCGUGUAAAACCGCCUUAAUACUUUAAAUGCUUAUACUAAUCAAGUGGCCACUCCACAUUGUACGUGUGUGUCUAUGCAUUAAUUUGUCGUUCAUCGAAUUUAGAAAUUAAACGGGCAUUUUGGAAAGCACGUGAAAAUACAGUUGAUGUGGAAUGAUGCAUUUCUCAGCUCUGUUAAAGUUGUCCUUAACUUCCAUCCGUAUGUUUGCUACAAAACAGGAAGUGCGUCCAGGUAUUCCAUUGCAUGACAAGAAUGCUGCUGGAUCAACGCGGAUUUCCAGGAUAUAGUUCAUUCAUUAGAAACUGCUUGCGCUCGCGAUUCAGAAUGUUUAAAUGUUAUGAAUAAGUAAUAAACAUCCGUUCGCGUUGUAACACUUAAAGCAGGAGAACAGGCCGUCAAACAGUCAUCGUCUGUGUUGUUAGCGUUUGCUAGCAAGUUUAUGGACGACAUUACACCAAAACCUGACAAAACUAAAAGACGACUCAAUUAAAAACGCAGUGAAAACUGCAUCGCAUCGUGAAACGCCUGCAAACAAAAGCAGAUGGUUUGUUUUGGUUUAAACUUCUAAUGAGGAGCUGAAGGGAAAUUAUUGUGUGUUUAUGAUCAAAGGAAGGCGCUAAACCAGUCUAGGUUGGUGUAAGUCUUGUUUUCCAUCGUCAUUAUGUCCGAUGCCAUCCUCACGUUUCAGUCACAGCUGUCCGGGGUCAUGGAGACCGUUUUUAAAGCUGCCAUAUUUGAGAUCAAUCGGCUCGUGGAGGAGAGUUUCAUGAAGGAAGUGUCCCGCAGCCGAGAACAGGUGGAGACUCUGAAGAAGAGACUGCAGUGGAGCGAGUCCAGACGGAAAAAUCAAGAGGCACGUGACGGAACUCUGAGGUGUGCAGAGUAUUUCGACGCCCGUGCAUCUGCUGAGGAAAGAGAAAACAUUUCAUCACAAGAAUCAGAAAAUGAACGAGGUCUCAAACAGGAGACCGUUCUGGAGGGGAGCUGGAGAAGCUGUGAGUUGAAAACUGCUGACACACCUUUAGUAAAAGGGAGAUCAGAAGAACAAACCAGCUCCAGUAACACAGGAGAGACUGUAGAUAAAGAGGACAGGAAACUGGACUGCAUACUUAAAGAAGAGGCUUUUUAUGCGACCACCAAUAAUACAGAGCUUCAGGAUGGGUGGACGCUGGAUACUGAAGGAGCUGAGACCUCAGCACACAGUUACAGUGAGCGGGAGCUGCAACAGAUUCAGGAAGACUGGAGCUCUGGACUUGAUCAGACCAAUGACAAUGAGUCUUACGCAGAUAUUGUAGAUGCCCAGGGAUUGCCAUACCAAACAUGUUACAACACAGAGGAAUUAGCAAGCUACAGUGUACAUGAACUGAACAUGGGAGACCUGGAUGGUCUUGGAGAAAGAACCGAAGACACAUUGGGUAAUGAGGCAUUGGAUGGGCCUGUUCAAAAUAAGCAGGGCAUAGCUGAGGAAGGCAGAAGACAUCCCAGCACUUCCUUUAGGAGUAAGAGAGGAAAUAGAGAAUCUUUGCCUGCUCAAGUUAACCCUGACUUGCACUGUUUGCUGAUUAAUGAAGAGGGUCACUUGCAGGACAUAAAUGUCCUCAUGGAAGCGGCUAGGCAUAGAGGGCACUCACUUUAUGUUGGGGACACAGCUGAUGAUGCCACAGGACUUUACAAGGGACAUGCAUUUAAUCACUCUUUAGAGCUUAAAGAUGGACAAGUGUUAGGAGACAAAGGGGCUUCCCUGACUGGCUACCCGCUCUCCCACAGAGUCAGUUCAAGCGCAGCUUACACCUGUAACCAGUGUGGGAAAAAGUUCAUCCAGGCCUGCAAUCUAAAAGUCCACCAACAUGUCCACCAGCGAGAAGGUCUUCAUUUGUGCAGUCAUUGUGGCAAAGGUUACUCGUCCUUCAGUGACCUGCGUAAGCACCGAUGUAGUCAGACCGGAGACAAGCCUUACACCUGCACGCUUUGUGGGAACAAGUUCAGUCGACUGUGGAAUCUCAAGCUGCACAAACGCAUUCACACACAGGAGAAACCGCACAAGUGUACUAUGUGCAAUAAGAGCUUUACCCGGGCAGAUAUCUUGAAAGUCCAUCAACGUACCCACACAGGAGAAAGACCGUACUGCUGUGGAAUCUGUGGACUGAGCUUUAAACGACCAGACCACCUCAGGUCACACCAGCGCAAACAUAGUGCCGACCUAAACAAUCUUUGAAAAAAUUACACCACACAACCUUAAAGACAUGUUUGACUUUUACAUUGUGGAAGGGUCAGAAAACCUGAUUGGAAUUUAGCAUGAUCAUACAGCCACUUUCAUUAAUUUCAACUGAUACUGGAAAGCCUAUCUACUGUAUGUACAGUAUUUGUUUUUCUACAACCAAACUUUUUUGAGAAAAGAUUUAUACUCUUAAGUGUUUUUGAAGUUACAUUAUGGAUUGGCCAACUUUGUAUUAGAAGAAAAUGUUUAUAUUGUUUAAUAAAGAAAACAGUGUUUAUUCAA